AUGAAUGACCAACAGGAGCUGAGAACAGCCCCAAUCUACCCAGUUCCCUCGCGCCUCCUUGUGAGUGUUGAGCACCCUGCUGUGGUGCGCAAUGUCGAGAAGGCGAUCGACACCCUCAACGGUGACACAGGGAUUAAAACAUUCCUAAACCCAGCUAAGCCAGACACACCGGCCAAUCUGGUGCUUCGGCCGGAUGAUGCUAUGGCCCGGCCUGUCCAGUCUACCAGCAGUGCAUCAAAUAACGUCCUGCUCAAGGUGACUGUACCAAAGAGGACAGGACGGAAGCGCAAGAAGGGCUCAGAUGGGCCUUUCACAGACGCACCUGACUCUAAUGAUACUGAGUCCCAACCAAGAUGGUCAGCUCAGAACAUGAUGCGCAGCUUGCGGGAUAACCCGUCUACGUAUCAGAUUGAGCCAGUUGGGAAGAUACAGCGCACUCAUGUAUUCCGAGGAAUGCCAGACUUUGUCUAUUCGACUACGGCAAGCUCUUUUACGCAACGAUUCCGGGACCAAAUUCUUCCAUUUGACUUCGAGAAAAUGAAACAGUUCGAGCUGGACAUGGGCAAAGGAGCCACUACCAAUGCAGAUAUCAUCCCCCCACCGUCCUUCAGCCACGGCGACGUCCCAUUCCACUAUAUCUACCGCCAAAACCCAACAGUCAAACAAUCAAUCGGUCGAUCCGGCGAAAUAACAACAGUGAACACACAACAAGUCCACAGAGUGCUCACCUACCUGAUCCCCUACGACGACGCCCAAGUCCCAACAGAACCACGACCAGACCUUACCCCAAUCGAAAUGCUAGACGACAGCAUGAGAAACACAAUCGCCAAACUGCGCGCCCUCUACGAGAUCCAACCAGCCUGGACCCGCCGCGGCCUCCGCAACAACCUCACCACCGACGAAGACCGCACCAACCUCCGCCACGCCGUUCCAUACGUAGGCUACAUCUUCCGCUCGGGACCCUGGCGCGAUGCCAUCAUCAAACUAGGCAUCGACCCCCGCACCUCACCCGACUACCGACACUACCAAACCUUCAUGUUCCGGCUGCUCCCACGCGAAGCCGAACUCGCGCGGGACGGCGCGAGUGGCCGGCGACAUAACCUGCCCAGACCGUACGAGCUACAUACAGCGCAGUUAUCCGCCAGCGGCCAGACGACCAGCUCGGAGGAUGGGACGUCGAGCACGCACAUCUUUACCGGGAAACUGCCUUUCUCGGCUGAUGGAAAGAUCUGGAUGAUAGCCGAGAUUCAGGAUGAGCAGUUGCGACGAGCGCUGUAUCCGCCGGCGGAAGAGGCCGAGGGCUUUCUGCGGGAGAAGUGUGAGAUUGUUGCUGAUGGGUGGUUUGGGAAUGGAACGUUGGGGAAGGUCAAGACUGUUAUGAGGCAUAAGAUUCAGGCGUUGAUGGAGGGGAGGGAGGCGGAGGAUGAGGAGUUUGUGAAAGUGUUUGCGUUGCCGGAUUUUGCCAAGUCCGAGCAUGAUUUUGACCAGUUUAUCGUUGGUGAGGGGAAUAGUCGGGAUAUGCAGCUUGCUACGGAGGUUCGAUCUGCGAUUCGAGGUUCGCCGCUUUGGACGCGGUUGCCUGGGAAUCGGGGCAUUGGGAGGGGAAAGGGGAGAGGAAAGGCGAAAGAGAAGGAGAAGGGCGAAGGUGCGGAGAAGGAGAAGGAGAAGGGCAAAGGGAGAGUUGGGAGGGCUGGGAGAGGGAGGAAGGGGAAGGAGGUUGCGUUUGAGGAGCCGGAGCCGGAGCCGGAAGCGGAGCCUGAUGCCGAAGAGCAGAUUGAUGAGCCUAGUGAAGGCGAGGAGGAAGAGAUCCAGCGACGGGAGAUGCUGGCCGAGCAGGUUGCUGCUGCCGCUGAGGCGAGAGAUGCCGACCAGGACGAGGAGAGUGACAACUCGGAUGAAGAUGGGAGUGAUUGA